AUGACCUUCAUCACUGAUGAAGACAAAUGCACAUUACAAAACUUCAGGGAGGUACUCGGUGAGAAAGUUUAUGACUACACUGUGAUCCUGUUCACACAUGAGGAGACACUGAAGAAAGAAGGUUUAGCUGACUUUGUGAAGAAGGAUGCAGCCAUAGAAGAUCUAGUUCAGAAAUGUGGACAAAGAUAUUAUUCCUUUAACAAUAAGGAUAAUGAGCAAGAGGUCAUGGAGCUGAUGGCGGGGAUAGAGAGCAUGGUAACGAGUAGAGCCAACUGCUGUUACCUUCCUGAGAUGUUCAUAGAAGCCCAAUUGGAGACACGGGUAAAAGACUUGGAGGCAAAGCACAAGGCAGCAUUGGUGCAGAGAGACAAGAGAAUUCAGGAACUGGAAGAAAAGACAGGAAGUCUGUCAAAAGAGGAAGUUGCUAAGGAUGACACAAGCUGUGUGAGGAUUGUACUGCUGGGAAAGACUGGAGCUGGGAAGAGUGCGACAGGGAACACCAUCCUGGGGAGAGAAGAGUUUUUGUCUGAAUGUAGUCCUCAAUCAGUAACAUCAUGUUGUAACAAAGGAAAAGGAGAAGUUGCUGGGAAGGAAAUAGCUGUGGUUGAUACUCCGGGAAUAUUUGAAACACAAUUUUCCGAAAAAGAGGUUCUGAGUGAAAUUGCAAAGUGCAUGUCCAUGUCAUCCCCAGGACCCCAUGUGUUCCUUCUGGUGCUGCAUGUGGGACGCUUCACUGAGGAAGAGUUGAAAGCGGUACGCUUAAUUAAGGAGCAUUUUGGUGAACAAGCUGACAAGUAUACAAUAGUUUUGUUUACCAGGGGAGAUGAGUUGGGAGAUCAAACCAUUGAGAAUUACUGUCAAAAACAUAUGGCUGUUAAAAAAUGUAUUAAUGACUAUGGAGAACGAUAUCAUGUCUUCAACAACAAAGAUAACAAUCGCAAGCAAGUCAUUGAGCUCAUGGAUAAAAUAAACAAGAUGGUGCAGGAGAAUGGAGGAAGCUACUACACUACUGACAUGUUUCAGAUGGCAGAUGCUGCUGUUAAACAAGAGCAGGAGAGGAUACUGAAGGAAAGAGAGCAGGAACUACAGAAAGAGAAGGAAGACCUCAGGACAAGUUAUGAGUUGGAACUGGCAAAGAUGAAUAAAAUAAUGGUGGAGGAACGACACCAGAUGGAGCAGGAAAAGCGGAUGAGGGACCUUUAUCUCAAGGAAAAAGAAGAAAGGUUACAGAAAGAGAUGGAGGAAACAAAAAGAAGAUAUGAUGAAGAAAGUCUAAAAAGACAAGAAGAGGACAGAAGAAGAAAAGAACUAGAGGAAAGACAAAGAAAAGAGUUGGAGAAACAACUGAAUGAAAUUGAACAAGAGAAGAAGAAACAAUGUUACGUGGCUCGGCGAGCGAAUCUAUCAGUUGCCUUCAACACUGUCAACUACCACAUCCUCCUGGUGGCCUUGGGAAUCACUGGAACAGCCCUAGAAUGGUUCUCCUCCUACGUCAGAGGCUCAGGUCCUCAGGACCAGGUCUCCUGGCAGAGUUCCACCUCCUCACCCUGGUUCCUGAAGACAGGUGUUCCACAGGGAUCAAUGGACAUCGCCCCAAAAUUCUCAGCAUGUCUCAUAGACAUCUUGGGCUGGAUCAACAAACAACAGCUCAAGCUGAACAUUGACAAGACUGAGUCUACAUCCCAGCAUACAUGA